UUAUAGGAGAAAAACAAGAAAAAAAAUAUUCUGAACCAAUGGACUGCAGACACAGUACAGGAAAUGAUCAGAGACUGCAGACACAGUACAGGAGAUGACCAGAGACUGCAGACAGUACAGGGGAUGACCAGAGACUGCGGACACAGUACAGGGGAUGACCAGAGACUGUGGACAGUACAGGAGAUGACCAGAGACUGCGGACACAGUACAGGAGAUGACCAGAGACUACGGACACAAUACAGGAGAUGACCAGAGGCUGCGGACAGAGUACAGGGGAUGACCAGAGACUGCGGACAUAGUACAGGAGAUGACCAGAGACUGCAGACAUAGUACAGGAGAUGAUCAGAGACUGCAGACACAGUACAGGAGAUGACCAGUGACUGAGGACA